AUGUGCGGUACUCUGGAUUAUCUACCACCAGAAAUGGUAGAGGGGCGAGCCCAUAACAACAUGGUCGACAACUGGGCUCUUGGAGUGCUGUCUUAUGAGUUUAUUUGUGGAGCUGCGCCUUUUGAACAUCAGGCAGGUAAAGGAGGGACAUUUGUUCGGAUAGCCCGAGUGGACCUCCGUUUUCCUGAUAACAUAUCGCGAGAAGCGCAAGACCUUAUUUCACGCCUCCUCCGCUACAAGCCCGAAGAAAGGCUAAGCUUUGAUGGAGUUCUUGCUCACCCUUGGAUCCAGAA